GUGGGGACUUUUGGAAGUUUGUUCUUUGGUUGUGGAUUCAGGCUGCGUCUUCGGACGAAAGGACGGCCGUGUCAUCCCCGGUUUUGAUAGUUUUUGGGGUGUGACACUAUUUUUGGAGUGGGGCACCAGUUCUGAUGGCGUGAUCCAUCUUGAUUAUUUACUUCGUACUAUAGAAUCAAUUUAUCUUAAGUUGAAUCUGUGCAGAGUAUGACUCUUUUUAUCCCUUCGUUCUUUCUGCAAUGCGAUCCGAGAGUUUCUAGCACUUGCAGUCGAUCCUUUUUACAUGUUUAGGCCAUUUCUGCGAUAUGGAAAUUGUCGCUUCGCUUGUGUCUUCACUCGUCGUAGAAGGUGGAAAAUUUGUUUAUCGUUCAAUCAGUGCCAAGAUGAGGAGUUGCUGGCAUGGAGAAACAAUUGGAGAUGCCACUGAUUCUCACAUAAAAGUGGCGGAGCAUAUUCCCUGCCCUUCGAUUAGAGACCACACGACCGCAUCGCAAACAAUGGCUCGUAUUCUAAAAUCAUUACACGAUGAUAAAGUACGGCGAAUUGGAAUAUGGGGAAUGGGAGGAGUAGGCAAGAGCUACCUGGUGAAGAACCUAAACAACAAGCUCAGCAGCACUUUGUCAUCACGGCAACCUUUCAGCUUGGUUAUCUGGGCAACUGUUUCGAAAACUACCUCAUCCCAAGAGCUGAAUCUGAAGAAUCUGCAGAACAAAAUAGCCAAUCGGUUGAACUUGAAGGAGGAGGAAACCAUGGAAAGGACAGCUAUACAACUUUUGGAAAGGCUUAGAAGGGAAAACUUUCUUCUCAUUCUUGAUGAUGUAUGGGAAGCCAUCAACUUGGAUCUUGUUGGUAUCCCACGACCCGAAAACCAUUUGGGGUCUAAGAUUCUACUGACGUCGCGUUCUUUUCAUGUUUGUCGAGCAAUGAUGACCGAUGUUGAAGUUAAGGUAGAAGUCUUGACGGAUGAAGAAGCAUGGGAAUUAUUUAAGGAACAUGCCGGAGAAGUAGCUGAUUCGCAGAGUAUUAAACCGUUAGCGGGAACUGUCUGCAAAGGAUGUGGAAAGCUGCCACUGGCUCUCAUAACAGUGGGUUCAGCGAUGAGACGGAAGACGCAGGUUGGCCUGUGGGAGGAUGCUAUAGAUGAGUUGAGAAGGCCAAGACCUUCUAUUCACGAUAUAGAGCCCAACUUGUAUAGCUCACUGAAGUUGAGCUAUGACUCGCUGCAGAAUGAACAACUCAAAUCUUGUUUUCUGUAUUGUUGCCUGUAUCCGGAUGACUACUCCAUUCUGAUAAGCGAACUUGUGGAAUGCUGGUGGGCCGAAGGUCUGAUCGACGAUCAACUUAACUAUCAUACCGCAUUAAACAAGGGAACCGCCUUGAUUGAGAGUUUGAAAGACUCGUGUUUAUUGGAGACUGGCGAUUCAGAUAAUAGCGUAAAGAUGCACGGCGUGGUUCGUGAUGUUGCGAUAUGGAUCGCAACAUGCGCAGGUCCAGAAUCCAAGUUUCUCAUUCGAGCUAACGCCGGAAUGAUUAGACUUUCAGAGGUCAAGUUGCAAAGAAAUCUGGAAAGGUUUUCCUUUACGAGGAGUAACAUAGAGGCGUUGCCUGAUCAGGAAAUAGAAUGUUCUAAAAUGAGAUCUAUUUUCCUUCAAUACAACUUCCUACAAAAUAUUCCAGAGAACUUUCUGCGAGGAUUCAGUGCUUUGAAAAUAAUGAAUUUGGGAGGAACCCAAAUAAGGUCAUUACCCGUUUCUCUCCUCCAUCUACAAGAUCUUCGCGCUCUGCUUCUGAGGAGUUGCAACCAUCUUGAAGAAUUGCCUCCGUUGGGAAGUCUUACCAAACUCAGUAUACUUGAUCUCCAUGACACAAGUAUCAAGCAAUUGCCAGAAGGGAUGGAUCAACUAACAAACCUAAGGAAGUUAGAUCUAUCAUACACGCUCAACUUGGAAUUCGUUCUAGCAGAAACAGUUUCUAAGCUGAAUUCCUUGGAAUUCUUAGACAUGACGGAAAGUGGUUACCGCUGGCUCAUCAAGCAAAGACCUCCGCUGUCCUACUUCGAGAUUUACUUUCAAGAGCGCCACAUGGAGCAAAGGGCGACCCUGGAGGAUUUACAGUCUUUGCAAAGGUUAUCCGUCCUAUAUCUAUGCUUGCAUGAUACGGUGAAGGCGUUUGAAGAAUGCAGUGUUUAUUGGAUCGAAAGGCUGAAAACGUUUCGCUGCUCAAUGGGUCUGACGAAUUUAGUGCACGAUAUACCAAGACCAUUGGAAAAAGACCUCUCAGGAGACAGUAUAGAAUGGUUCAUUUCUCACGCAACUUCUCUAGCCUUUUAUAAUCGUUGCAAUCUUCACGUGAUUCUGGAAAAUGUCGUCAUAAACCGAGUGGAUUGUUUUACUAAUAUGAAGACAUUGACUCUCAAAGAUGCCAUGCUGAACGAAGGAAGCAAUGCUCAGUUCGACCUACUACCGAAUUUGGAAGAGCUGUAUUUUGAUAACAUUGGGAAGAUAAAGAGCAUAUCAGUAUUAGCUGAUCGCUUGGGAUUGAGCUUUCCUAGAUUGGAAGCUUUGGUGGUAACUGGAUGCGACGAAUUGGAGAAUCUUUUCUACUUGGGGGGUCGGAUCACAAGCCUGCCCAAAUUGAGCAAAAUCAAGGUAGAGGCUUGUGUCCAUCUAAAUGAACUCUUCCAACACGUCCCAGGAAGCGGGAAAGAAUAUGCUGCUGUUCCUAACCUGCGGGCGGCACGUUUGAGCGGGCUACCCCAAUUACAAUGCCUCUGUAGGAGAGGAGAGUCGUGGCAGAGUCUCGAGCAACUUGAAGUUGUGCGUUGUCCUUCACUUAAGAUGUUGCCAUUCAGGACCAUGAAUGGCAACUCGAUAAAGCAGAUUAGAGGCGACAAACUUUGGUGGAGUAAAGUUCAUUGGGAUACUGAUGCUAUCAAGUUGUAUUUUGACGCGUAUUUCAGAGAAGUGCUUGAUUUACAGGCCAACCUUCGCAGGUGAAUUGAUCAGACAAGGGGUCUGUAUCUCAUGUUCCUUUGUACCAGAAAAUUGCUGACUGAUGUAUCGUGCAAAUCUAGGAAAUGUAUUUUGUUUCAGUUGU